CCUGUGUGGAGCAGCGAGCGGACAGCUGGGCUCCGCUGCCGGGAGCCAUCGCGCGCGCUCCGCAACCUCCUCCAGCAGUGCCCCCGCCCGGUCCCCACGCUGCGGUGCCCCAGUGGCCCCUGCCGCGCUCCACGCCGCGCCCCCCGCACUCCGCAGGCUAUCAGCAGCAGGACCGCCACCGCCCCCUGGCAGCGCGGCUCGCCUCGCCCCGCCCCGUUCCUCCUCGCCCCGCCCCACCCCAGUCAGCCCCGCCCUGCCCCGCGCCGCCAAGCGGUUCCCGCCCUCGCCCAGUGCCCAGGUAGCUGCGAGGAAACUUUUGCAGCGGCUGGGUAGCAGCACGUCUCUUGCUCCUCAGGGCCACUGCCGGGCUUGCCGAGUCCUGGGACUGCUCUCGCUCCGGCUGCCACUCUCCCGAGCUCUCCUAGCUCCCUGCGAAGCAGGAUGGCGGGGACCGUGCGCACCGCGUGCUUGGUGGUAGCGAUGCUGCUCAGCUUAGACUACCCGGGACAGGCGCAGCCCCCGCCGCCGCCGCCGGACGCCACCUGUCACCAAGUCCGCUCGUUCUUCCAGAGACUGCAGCCUGGACUCAAGUGGGUGCCCGAAACUCCCGUGCCAGGAUCAGAUUUGCAAGUAUGUCUCCCUAAGGGCCCAACAUGCUGCUCAAGAAAGAUGGAAGAAAAAUACCAACUAACAGCACGAUUGAACAUGGAACAGCUGCUUCAGUCUGCGAGUAUGGAGCUCAAGUUCUUAAUUAUUCAGAAUGCUGCAGUUUUCCAAGAGGCCUUUGAAAUUGUUGUCCGCCAUGCCAAGAAUUACACCAAUGCCAUGUUCAAGAACAACUACCCAAGCCUGACUCCACAAGCUUUUGAGUUUGUGGGUGAAUUUUUCACAGAUGUCUCUCUCUACAUUUUGGGUUCUGACAUCAAUGUGGAUGACAUGGUCAAUGAAUUGUUUGACAGCCUAUUUCCAGUCAUCUAUACCCAGCUAAUGAACCCAGGCCUGCCUGAUUCGGCCUUGGACAUAAAUGAGUGCCUCCGAGGAGCAAGACGUGACCUGAAAGUAUUUGGGAAUUUCCCCAAGCUUAUUAUGACCCAGGUUUCCAAGUCACUGCAAGUCACUAGGAUCUUCCUUCAGGCUCUAAAUCUUGGAAUUGAAGUGAUCAACACAACCGAUCACCUGAAGUUCAGUAAGGACUGUGGCCGAAUGCUCACCAGAAUGUGGUACUGCUCUUACUGCCAGGGACUGAUGAUGGUUAAACCUUGUGGUGGUUACUGCAAUGUGGUCAUGCAAGGCUGUAUGGCAGGUGUGGUGGAGAUUGACAAGUACUGGAGAGAAUACAUUCUGUCUCUUGAAGAACUUGUGAAUGGCAUGUACAGAAUCUAUGACAUGGAAAACAUACUGCUUGGUCUCUUUUCAACAAUCCACGAUUCCAUCCAAUAUGUCCAGAAGAAUGCAGGAAAGCUGACUACCACUAUUGGCAAGUUAUGUGCCCAUUCUCAACAACGCCAAUAUAGAUCUGCUUAUUAUCCUGAAGAUCUGUUUAUUGACAAGAAAGUAUUAAAAGUUGCUCAUGUAGAACAUGAGGAAACCUUAUCCAGCCGAAGAAGGGAACUAAUUCAGAAGUUGAAAUCUUUCAUCAGCUUCUAUAGUGCUUUACCUGGCUAUAUCUGCAGCCAUAGCCCUGUGGCGGAAAACGACACCCUUUGCUGGAAUGGACAAGAACUCGUGGAGAGAUACAGCCAAAAGGCGGCAAGGAAUGGAAUGAAAAAUCAGUUCAACCUCCAUGAGCUGAAAAUGAAGGGCCCUGAGCCAGUUGUCAGCCAAAUUAUUGACAAACUGAAGCACAUUAACCAGCUCCUGAGAACCAUGUCUGUGCCCAAAGGUAGAGUUCUGGAUAAAAAUCUGGAUGAGGAAGGGUUUGAAAGUGGAGACUGCGGUGACGAUGAAGAUGAGUGCAUUGGAGGCUCUGGUGAUGGAAUGAUGAAAGUGAAGAAUCAGCUCCGCUUCCUUGCAGAACUGACCUAA